AUGAAUUAUAAAGAAGAAGAAUACAAAGACUGUAUUGAAUGGAUCAAUAAACAACUGGAAGAUGAACCAAUAACUGACCUUCUCAGUGGAUUACAAAAUGGAAUAAAAUUAAUUAAAAUAGUUGAAAAACUUACUCAUAAAAGUGCAGUUAGAUAUAACAGUAAUCCAAAAAAUAUUUUUCAAAUACAGCAAAAUAUGGAUGUGUUACUUAAAAUGAUAAAAGAAAAUUAUGGAGAACCAAUAGGUUCAGAUGCAACUCUUUUAGCCAAUGGAGAAAUUCAACAGUUUUUAAGUCUUAUAUUCUUCAUUGGUCAAAAAUCAGGAACAAAAAUUCAAAAAAGAAGAACAUUAGGAAGAAAUACAAUGAAUAGAGUUAUCCAAUACCAGUCUCGUUUACAAAAUGAAACAGAAUCAUUCACUAAAAAAAUACACAACAUUCAAGAAGAAGAACAAACAAAAGAAAUUCAACAAGAAAAACAAAUUACUCCAAAAAAAGAAAAUAAACCAAGUCAAACUGAGGAAGUCAAAGGUAUUGAAACAAAAAAGAAAUACUCAAAAAUUAGAAAGACUCAAUCAGAAAAUCUUUCAAUUAUUAAAGAAACAAACACAGAAGAAGAAAUUAAAUCACCUAUUAUUAAAGAAUCAAAAGAAUUAGACCAAAAAAUACCAUCUGAACAAAAAGAUGAUGAGAUAUUCCUUCAACCACCAAAAGUUCCAGAAAAACCAAAGAAAUUACAACAUAAAAUACAUAGUGAAAAUGAAUCAAAUAACGAUGAAAAAAUGAAUGAAAUUAAUCAAAAAAUAGAAGAAAAUCAAAUAUUCAAUUCAGAAAAUUUUAAAGAGAAGAAAUGGAAUGAAAAAGAAUAUGAUAUUAAUCUUGUUAAAGAUAUUCAAAGAAGAAUAUAUGGAUUUCUUAGUAGAAAAUCAAGUAAAUCAACAAUGAGACUAUUAGCUCAAAGAAAGAAUGUAGUUAAAGAAUUAAUAAAAACAGAAGAAGUUUAUGUCAAUAAAUUACAACAAUUUUUAGACUUUUAUCUUAAAACUGCAUUAACUAUUUAUCCAACUGAUAAAAUAUUAAAAAAAUGUGAAGAAGAUGUUAUAGUAAUUUUAGGAUAUAAUAAAAUGAUGUAUCAAAGUGUUCUUGAACUUCAAAAAAAAGAGUUUUAUUAUGGACAAGGAAUAGGAGAUGUUUUUCAAAAAUUAGCACAUUUUUUAAAAACAUAUUGUAGUUAUGUUAAUUCAACUGAGGCUAUUAAUGAACAUGAAGAAAAAUUAAGAAAAACAAAUAAACAAUUUGAUUAUGCAUUAAAUGAAAUUAGAAGAAUUAAUAGUUUAGACACUUUUAAUUCUUAUGUUAUUCUUCCUGUUCAAAGAAUUCCAAGAUAUCGUUUAUUACUUCAAGAACUUCUAAAAACAUUACCUCCUCAACAUUCUGAAUAUAAUUCAUUAAAUAAUUCAUUACAAGCAAUAGCUGAUAUUGGAAUAGUUAUGAAUGAAAGUAAAAGAACAUUAGAAACUCAACAACUAAUUGGUAAAUUAACAAAUAAAUUUAAAUAUUCUCAAGGUAUGAAUCCAAUAGAACCAAACGCCUCAAGAAAAUUUAUUCGUUUUGGUCUUAUAACUAUUUAUGAACCAGAAGCAAAAACAAAAUAUCGAAGUGUUUAUUUAUUUUUAUUUAAUGACACAAUAAUUUUAACUAAAAUUAAUAGUGCUGGAACUUCACAUAAAGGAAAAAUAUUUACUGAAACUAUUCAAACAAUUUGUGAAAGUAAAAAACAACUGACAGUUGAAUCAGUUAUUCCAAUUGGAUCAUUUUGUGUAUUAGACUCAAUUAAAAUCGAAUUAUCUCCUACAUUUCUCAUUGUUAAUAAAUCAGGUAAAACAGUUUAUUUUCUUUGUCUUAAUGAAGAAGAAAAAAUGGGUUGGAUUGUUGAUUUAGAUAAUCAAAUUUCACAAAUACAAGAACAGUCUUUACUUACAAUUUCUCAUUCUAAUAAUUCAUUACCUUCAUUUUAUAAAGAAUAUAAAAAUCAGUUAAGUGAAAAUACUAUUAGAGAUAUAUGGUGGAAAGGUCCUAUUGGUUCUGAUGGAAAAUAUAUGAUUUUAGGGAAUGGAUUUUUAUGUACUUUUUCAAAUGAAGAAGAUGCAUUUAAAAGAAUAAGGGUGAAUGAUUAUUUUGUUACAAAGUAUACAAGUGUUGCUUUUAUACCUCCGUCAUGUAUUUCUUUAAUUAAUUAUGGUACAUAUGAUAAAACUAAAUCUGUAUUUGACAUGUGUUGUACUUCAUUAGCAUUAUUAUGGGUUUUUUAUAUUAGACAAUCAUUUAUUGGAAGUUAUGAUUAUGAAGAGACUCAUUUGGAUUUAUUUGAAGGAAUUGACAGUGAUAUAGCAGGACUAACAGUAAAAAAUAUAAUGUUAGGAUUAGAAAGUAUUCCAUCAAAUAGAGUUUGUGCUGAUUGUGGUUCUACUGAUCUUCGUUUUGUUGAUUUAAAUUAUGGCUGUUUUCUCUGUUGUGCUUGUGGUAGAGCUCAUACGUUAUUUCCAACAAUACGAAAUACAUCAAAUAUUUGUACUAUUGAUAAAACCUCUGAAUAUCAAGUAUCAGAAAUAAAGAAAUUAAUUCAGUUUGGUAAUGGAUUUGGUAAUAUCCUUCGUCUUACAGGAAAGGAAAUUCCAAAGAGUUCUGUUGAAUAUGAAGAAGCGAAUAAGUAUCAGUACUAUUGGAUUAAAUAUGGUAUUGAAGGGGAUGCACCUAAAUGUAUAAAAUCAGAUUUAAAAAAGAAACAAAUUAGUGCAGAACUUAAAAGGGUUACAGUUUCACAAACAUCUAACAACCAACCUUCAAUUGACACAUCGACAAUACCAAUUACAGAAUUGAAUAAAGAAAAAAGAAAUACUAUUAGUUCUAUAUUACAAACACCAAUAACUCAACAACCUACUGAAAAAACUAAAAGGAAAGAAGGAGAAAAGAAAAGAAAAAAGAGUUUUUAUUGA